AUGACAGUCAUCGACCAUCGAUUCUAUCCGCACAUUAUCGAUCAAAUCUGGACACACCUGUCCGUCGGCGAGGUUGAACGCCUUCGCCAGGUCUGCAAGUGCUGGUCGAUUCGAGCCGACCUAAGCAUUUCAAAUCGUCUCACAAUUGCAAGGAAAGAGUGUUCCACGCCCCCUUACGAGAUACGGGCACGAUUACUUGAUAACCCCAGCAUCACGAGCAUAAUCACGGAGGAGGUUCAAAACGGAUGCGUCUGCCUGUUCCUAGAAGGAGACAACAGUGACAGCGAAGGGAGAACCCGUCUGACUCUAGGCCAACGAAUCUGUCGAUUUUGCAACAGGUUGGAUGACUCGCUGAUAAUCGACGUGGUUGGGUUUGCGCCCUCGAUGUUGGACAUGCAGUCGGCGCCGCUAGAGGCGCUUUGCCAUGACGCUCGAGUCAGGUGGCUUACCGACUUCAGCCACUUGCCUGAGUGUCACUUGGACCUCUAUGCAGCUGCAGACUAUGUCUUUUUUCUCCAGUACAACGGUUACGCAUGCUCCCGCAUCACCUUCGACUUCAACGCCGGUAACAAUUACAGCACAUUCGAUUUCGUUGACCUGGUAUUCAACUUUGACUGUCAUGCCAAUCCCACCACAAGCACCUCGUCGAACGUGCUUCUCGAUCCAACUGGGCCAGCGUAUUCGGACCGGGACUGCCUUACUUUCGUUUUUCACCACAAGAUGAGCCAGCUCUCGAAAUCACCAUCAAACCCUGCGUUCCUCGUUGGCCUGUUGCAAUGCUACAGGAUGCCGGAAGUUCAUGUGUGCUUCGUCGGCCUGGACAGCUUCAUCGAGACGACCGAGGCCUUGCGGAGUUUCGAGCGGGCUGUAUUCCGCGGCUUCGUUGAAUACCGCGUGAAGUUCUUCUCGGGGGAAAUGGGUCGAGAGGCCUGCGAGGAGAUGUGUGAGACGGACUGGGACCUGGUGACAUUCUUGACCAUGGAAGAGUACAAAACCAAGGUCGGCCCUGAGCAGUUCCUCAUCAACACUGUCAAGUAG